CUGAAAUUUAUCAAGCUUGUCCCAUUAUCUUUGUCACCUUAACCAUAUGGCCAUUCCUCCGCCAUGGUUUCCCUGCUCCCACUUCCACAGCUCCACCGCCUCCACGUAUUACCUCCUCUCCUCCCACCAACCAUUCUGCCAGUCCAAUGGCAAAGCCAAUCCCUCUCACAUCCUCACAGUAAUAAUAAGAUAAUAUUCCACUUUACCAAAUACAUUUGGAAUAUUCUACCCACAAAAAAAAGAGAGAGAAAAAAUAAGCUUAUAGUAAUUACAUAUUUCAACAUUUAUAUCAGACUCCAAACCCACAUUCCAGGCAAACAGCUUGGAGAGCUAGCUAGCUAGCUUCCAUGGAUCCACAGAAAUGGAUCCUCUCUUUCACCCUCAUCUGCAUUCUCGGCGUCUCCGUCUUCAUGCUCUCCGCCAUGGAUUCUUCCUCAAUCCGUACUGAAAUCAUUGGGAAGCUGAACCGGGUUGUACCCGACGGUUUAGGCGGGUGGUCGGCGGCGUUGACCAGUCAACCUUCCGGCAAGAAGCUGAAGGGGAAGCUCCUCCCAGUGCAAGUCAACUUGACGGUCUGCCUCCCGACAUUCGGCCGACCCGGAAAACCCGUUUACUGCUGCCCGCCCCGAAACAUGCUGGACGACCCGAUCGUCGACUUCGAGUUCCCCGACCCGGCCACCACCCCGAUUCGGGUCCGCCGAUUCGCCCACCGCCUCGACGAAGAAUCCAUAGCGAAGUACGAGAAGGCGGUCUCCAUCAUGAGAUCUCUCCCUUACUCCGACCCGAGGAGCUUCACCCGGCAGGCGAAUCUCCACUGCCAGUACUGUACCGGGUCGUUUCUCCAGCAGCAUUCAACCCUCCCGGUUCGGGUCCACAAGACCUGGAUCUUCUUCCCCUGGCACCGGAUGCUGCUCUACUUCCACGAAAAGAUCCUCGGGAGCCUAAUCGGCGACGACACUUUCGCAAUUCCGUUCUGGCCUUGGGAUCUGCCCGACGGGAUGACGCUCCCGGCGUUUUACCUAAACGGGUCGCUCAUCAACCACCAGCGCGACCCGACCCAUUUCCCGCCCGCGGUUGCAGAUCUGGACUUCCAAUUGGCCCCCGGCGGGACCAGCCCGGAGGAGCAGACGGAUCUGAACCUGGCCCUGAUGUACAAUCAGAUGGUCUCCGGCGCCAAGACGGCGGAGCUGUUCAUGGGCUGCGCCUAUAAAACAGGGGAAGGCGGCGAUUGCUUCGGACCCGGGACCAUGGAGCGGGCCCCGCACAACACGAUUCACAAGUGGGUCGGGUCGGCUUUCCACACCGGGCGGGAGGAUAUGGGUGUUUUCUACUCCGCCGCGAGGGACCCGAGCUUCUACGCCCACCACUCCAACAUCGACCGGCUCUGGGAGGUCUGGCGGGCGACCCACCCGGAGGUCAACGACCCGGAGUUCCUCGACUCGUACAUGUACUUCCACGACGACACGAGCCGGUUGGUCCGGAUCCGGUUCAGGGACGUCAUGGACAUCGACAAGCUCCGGUACCGGUACGAGGGCGUCGAGAACACGUGGCUCGCCGCCCGCCCCAAGCCUUCCGUCUCUCCCCGGCUCGCCCGGAGAGAGAUAAGGAAGAGGGAGAAGGAACAAAACGUUCUUGAAUUCUUCGGGAGCCACUUCGGUCCAACCGGCCGGGUUCUCGGUUCAACCGUGACGGUCCGAGUGGUCCGACCGAGAGCGGUCCGGAGCAAGGCUCGCAGGGAGAAGGAGCAGUUGGAAGAGAUAUUGGUCGUGGAAGGGAUCGACGUGAAAGCAGACGAUUUCGUGAAGUUUGACGUGUACAUCAACGUCGUGAACGGCACGAUCAUGAGCCCGAAGUAUCGUGAAUUCGUCGGGACGUUCGUCGACAUCCCGUCGGGGUCGUCGGUGGGGAAGAAGACCACGUUGAAGCUCGGGAUAUCGGAGGCAUUGGAGGAUUUGGAAGCGGACCAGGAUAGGGCGAUUUGGGUGACGUUGUUGCCGAGGACUGAAAGUUGCAAUAAGGUAAUAGUUGAUGGGUUGAGCAUUCAGUAUAGUAGGAAAUGAAGGGACGUGGGUGCAUUUUAAUUAUCGUCACGUAGCAUUUAUCACUCAAUUUGAAUGGCGUCGUCGGACCAUGGUUAUUUGUUGGAGGGCACUGGGAUAUUUUUGCAUGAAUUAAUUAUAUGGGGUACCAUUUUGGUUGUGUGGGAAAAUUAUGGGACCAUGUUAGGGGGGUCGAUCGUUGUCAUAAUAGAAGUGAAAGGUCCGACGUUGGAUUACAUUUCAACAAAUGGACAAGUUGUUGAUAAUAAAUUUAUGUAUCAUAUUGAUGUUCUUUGAAAGCAACGUAUUGAGGAAAGAUUGUAAAUUUAGUAGUAGUGGUAUAGUACAAAAAACACAAAUAAGAACUCCACCCAUGUGUUAUUUACGGCUCAUUUAAAGUAUAAUCAUGUAAUGUUCUACCAAGUGCUAAAAUCGCGAAUGAAUGAACCUUUCGACUUCUUGAACCCAAACGUGUUGAUCGAGUGGUUUGGAUGAGUGAACCGGAGAUGUACACAUUCAUUACAGAUGUUGUGAUAAUUUGG